GUAUCUUCACCCAAGAAAACAUGGCGACCACGUAAACAAACUACUGAACCAGUCCAAAAGAAAAUGAUGAAGAGAAGUUGAAAGGAGAAAGCUGAAGACACAUCACAAAUAAAUUGAAGACAAGAAAUUCAACAAAACAAACUUAUAAAUGUCUGAAGAGGAGGAUUAUUCAGCAGAGGAAGGCCGGCCAAUGGUGAUUGAGGUCAAGAGGACCAAAAGGUCACGGACACAAGGUCGGAGGUCAGCACGGACUCCUAGAACCCCCAAAACCCAGCGAAGUCGCCAUGAUGAUGAAGAGGCAGACGAUUAUUCAGAUGAUUAUGAUGAAGAUGUGGAUGACGAGGACGAGGAUAUGGUAGAGGAUGAACCUCGCACCUCACAUAUAAGGAGCAGACCCAAAAAUGGACCUAAGAAGGUCAACAUGACACCUCCAGACCGCCUGCUCAAGAGUUCCACAAAGAAAGCUAGAAAAUGUAUUGAACAGGGAAAGGUAGACAAAAGCAUACAGGAAUAUGUAAAGUGUAUAGCGUAUGCGAGGAUGGUCUAUGGUGCCGAAGACUGGAGACUAGCCCAAUGUUACGCUGAUUUGGCCGAGGCCUACUUAAACCACAAAUCAUAUGCUGCUCAGGCUGAUUAUCACGCUGACAAUGGAAAAGCUAUCCUCCUCAACACCCCGCCGACCAUUACCACGGAAACGGAGAAAGCAAACGUCUACACUGUUCUGUUUCGCCUGUACUACACCAAAGGUCGAGCCCUGACCUCUCUUAAGAAGUUUCCGGAAGCCGAACAGAUCCUGUCGAAGGCAGAUAAAUUUCUCGCUGACCUGUUUAAAAUGUCGUGUGUGACCCAGGAUGAAUGCGAUGAAAUGGAGAUUGACGUUUCACAUGCUAAAGCAAGACUUUAUUGUAAACAGAAGAAGCAGGCCCUCGCUAGCAGUCAGUAUGAUAAACUCCUUGACCAGAUGCAGGCACACUACGGCAAGGACAGUAUGGAGCUGGUUCCUGUUUACCAGGAGAACGGACAAUUGGAACAGAGUAAAGGACGCCAUGCCAACCACGACAAGGCCAUAGAGAUGUACCUACAGGCCCACUCCAUAGCGGGCGCCAAUUACCAUGAUGACAACCUUGUCACCAUGGAUACAGCACUAAGUUUGGCAAGAGCGUACUCACAAACUGGCAGAGAGGAAGCCGAAGGUGUGGCAGAAAAAUACCUGAAUGAGUGUCUAGCAAUUUGUCAAACCUGUCACGGUUCAAAUCACAAGAAAACUGUGGAAGUCAUGGAUGAAUUAGCACGACUUCUGAUUCGUGUUGACAGACAGGAGGAGGCGCUGAGUAUCCUGCGCUCGAGUCUGCCCGGGAAGUGUGAAGCGUAUGGAGAUUAUUCGGAGCAGGUUUCCGACACAUACAAACUCAUCGCGUCCGUCCAUCUGUCUGGGGGAAGUUCAGAGAAAGCAGUCAGAGCCUAUCAGAAGUGUCAUAACAUUGAGUGUCUUGUUCUCGGAAAGAAUUCCAAAAAAGCAAAAGAUUCUGAACGCACCAUUGAGAUCCUUAUGGCGAGCCCUGGUCUGUCCAAUAAGUUCUCACUCAGCAAAACAGAAGAACUGAAGAAACGACCAAAGUUUAAUUCCAUUGUGAGCCGCAGCAAGCCCAUGACAGGGACAUAGACCUACCCUACAAUUCUGUAAUAGACACUGCCAUUGUUGUAUCUAGGGCUAUUCCAUUACUUGUAGAAGGGAGACAUUCAAGUGCUUGUGAAGUCAGUCACCAAGCACAGGAGUGACAAUUUGCUUGUGAUAAAUUUCCGUCCUUAACAUAUUUGAAAUGACAAGAAUCUGAAUGAUAUCAUGACCACAUUCAGGCCCAAUUAUCUAUUAAAAUCAUACCCUGUUAUUCUCAAGACAGGAGAACACAGGUCUUUCUUCAAAUAUAUAUUUUUAAAAUAUUGAAAUGCAAAUCUGAAAAUACAUGUAGAGGAUUCAAAAUGUUUGUCAUAAAGACAAAAACAUAGAAAUAUUGUUACAUUUUCACAUAUUGCUCACGAAAUUGAACUUUUUUUGAUAUUUGUGUUGACACCUUGUCAAGGCAAUUGGGCAUUUAACAAACUGGGGCUUGAUCUUGUAUAGCAAUUUUUUUAUGAAGAGAACAUAUUUUGAAAAUUUUAUCUAUUUUUUUUAUAUCAUCCGUAUAUUUAUGAAGUAAUGGAUUGAACGAGAAUAUGCGACAGCUGUAUCAAAAAAGCAAGAAUUUGAUGCAAAAAUCCUCCAUUAUGUUUAAAACACUACAGCAAAACCAAUGUAUAUUGUCAACGUUUGUCAAGUGAAAUGUUGGUGAUAUUAAAAAAAAUAUAUCUUAAUAAUUGUCUAGAUUAGAUCCUGAGUAUUUAAAACUUUCUAAUCUAACAUGAUGCUUUAGUCCCAUUUCUUAUGAGAGCUUUCCAAUGAUACCUGUUUAUUCCGACAUCCUUUUUCAUCUGACAUAAUCUAUCCAGUACAUUGCCUUCCAUGUUAUGGCCAAUUAGACAGGUGUCGGAGAAUAUCAAAGGAAACAUUAAUUGCUGAUGAACAGCAAAUGAAUAUUAGACAACAAAACAAAUUAGAAAUAGAUUUACCGUUUAGAAUUAAUUACUCUAGUACUCUGUAGAAAAUUCAUGUUUUAUGAUUAAUAUUUUUUAUUAAAAAGAUAUUGUUUGUAUUGAUAUUGUUCUAUCAAAACUGUUACCAGAUAUAUGCAUUGCUUAGUUCAAUAUUUUUUUCCCGAUAAUAUGAUCUACUUUUCCAUUUUAAACAUUAUCAGCUAUUCAAAUGAAAAAAAAGAAAUGAUGAGCAAUUGCAACAACACCACUGAAUCCGGUACAAAAUGUAAUGUUUGAUUUACAUCAUAAGUGCUGACAUGUUUCGGCCAAAGGAAGGCCAUCUUCAGAGCACAGUUGCAUGAUUACAUUAUCAGCUAUUGAUUACUCUGUUUAAGACUAUUACAGCUUAUUUGUAAGUUUACUUGAAAUACAAUAUUUAAAAUAUCCACAUUAUUAUGGCAAGUCACUUAAACAUUUAAUACAAUUUCAACUUAAGGUAUAGUCUUAACUCAUUCACCCCUGAAAACACAUUUGAACUCUUCCAAUUCAAAGGUUGGAAUAGUUCAUUAUGAAAUUUCAGGGGUGAAUGAGUUAAUCACUUAAGUAAGAUUCACGCUUAAUACUUAAGGUUGAGAGUCCUAGCACAAAGUUUUGUGUAUACAGAAGGAGAUCCCAAUUUUCUACUCACAGUUGCUUGCCCAUCUUAAUACCUGGCAAAGAGUUAUAUGAAAAAAUAUAGAUUUGUCUUUUUUUUCUUAGUUAUAAAAAAAGAUCUACCAUGAUGAUUCGAUCCCUGGGCCUCAAUACUAUUAAGCAAGGAGUUUGUCCACAGUGCUACUGGUGAGGUUAUUUGUUUUGUAAAUACUUUUCAAGAACAUAACUGGGAAUAAAUUCCUUUGAAUUGUUCUAACUGUC